AUGGCAUCAAGUUCUUCAAUUAUUUUUGACCAAAAAAAUCAGAAUCGUAUUCAAAUAACUCAUCAAAAUGUUAUGUCUAUUGUAGAUUAUUCCCCUGGUAAUUCCCCAACUUAUUUUACAACAAAAUUCCCAGAUACAAUUUCACCAGAUGAAGAUAAAUUUAGUUAUUCUCAAAAAACAGCCAAAACAUUAAAUGAUAUUUCUUCAAUUCCAAACAAAAAAAGACAAAAUUCAAAAAGGAAAUUUAAAAAUUUUAAUGAAAAAAUAAUUGAUAAUAAAAAAUUAAAUUUAAAAAAUAAAAAAUUGCAAAAACAAAAUAAAUUUGCGGAAAGUUUUGAUGAUUUAAAAAAUGAAGGGGGAGAUGAUGAUGAAGAAGAUAAUGAUGAUGAUAAUGGUAUAAUAAAUCAUACAGGAGAGCGUGAAACAUGGGAAAGAAAAAUUGAUUUCCUCCUUUCUGUUGUUGGCUUUGCUGUUGAUUUAGCUAAUGUUUGGCGAUUUCCAUAUUUAUGUUUUAAAAAUGGGGGAGGCGCUUUUUUGAUUCCAUAUACAAUGAUGGUUUUAUUAGCAGGUAUUCCACUUUUUUAUAUGGAAUUAGCACUUGGACAAUAUCACAGAAAAGGAGCAAUUACUACUUGGGGGAGAAUAUGCCCUUUAUUUAAAGGUUAUUGUGUAAUAAUGACAGCAUUUUACACAGAUUUUUUCUAUAAUGUAAUUAUUGCUUUUGCUUUACAUUAUUUCUUUUCUUCAUUUACAACAGAACAUUUACCUUGGACUAAAUGUUCUAAUGAUUAUAAUUCUCCCGAUUGUUAUGAACCAAAUAGUUGGAGUGAUCCUUCUUCUAAUAAAUGUGUUCCACAAAAAGAAAUUAAUGGAAAUAAUCAAACAAAGCCAAUAUCUGCUGCCGAAGAAUAUUUUUAUAAAUAUUUUCUUGGAUUACAUCAAAUAAAAGAAUCUACUCCACAUAUUUCACAAAAUAUUGAUAAAUUUAAUUCUAUUAAUUGGGGAAUUGUUUUUUGUCUUUUAUUAGUUUAUUUAAUUUGUUAUUUUUCUCUUUGGAAAGGAAUUAAAAUGUCUGGAAAAGUUGUUUGGUUUACAGCAAUAUUCCCCUAUGUUGUUUUAUUUUGUUUGUUAAUUCGGGGAAUUACUUUACCUGGGGCUUCUAAAGGUAUUGAAUAUUAUUUGAGACCAAAUUUGGAAAUGUUAUGGAAUCCUUCUGUUUGGCAAGAUGCUGCUACACAAGUAUUUUUCUCUCUCGGUCCUGGCUUUGGUGUACUUAUGGCUUAUUCUUCUUAUAAUCAAUUUCAUAAUAAUGUAUAUUUUGAUGCAUUAUUAACAAGUACAAUAAAUUGUGCAACAAGGCAAUUAUUAAAUAAAUUAAAAUAUAUUAAAUAAUUUAAAAAAAAGUUUUUUGGCUGGUUUUGUAAUUUUCUCUGUC